UAGUUUGUGAAGACGAGACUGAUUGUUUUUGGUGCGCAACAGGCAUUCUUUCUUGUCUUUUUACCAGUCUGAGUUUCGUGCAUCGUCAAUUUGUUAUUGCCAUGAUCUUUCUCUUGAAGUGUGCCAGAAACGUUUUUGGAUAAAGUUUACCUAUUCGUUGUUCGAAAGAGUUUAAAGGCGUAAAUUGAGGGGUCGGUGCAGUGGAGAAGUUGAUGUUAUGAUGUUCGCAUGGAGAGUUUCGUAAAUAUCCUUGUCGUAAGGUUCUUGACGGCUGUUUGAACAAAUGGUGGAGCAAAUGUAUCAUUGAUCGGAGGGGUUUUUUCAGGGUGAUAAUUUUUGUGAAAAUUCGGACACAAAUGAACGUUUGUGGCUCUUCUUCUUUUUUUAUUUUUUUUUUUAUUUUUUUAUUACUAGGGGGACACCAAUUGAGGAUGUUGGAUUGGGUUCGGUUGUGCAAUUGGACAUUCUUUAUGUGAAUACAAGACAUCUCGUGACCUUCCUUCAGAGUGAUUUCACCGCUCCUUUUCAAUGCGUAGGAAUGUCAAAUUACAGAUUAUGUGAUAAUUCUGCAGUGGGUCGAGGGACUUGGGUGAUGCUGUGUGCUCCUGAGUUUCUUCCCGUUCAGGCUUGAAAUCAUGAAGAUGAAGGUUGAGUGUCGGGUUAAGGUUUCGUGCAUCUUGGACGUAAAGUUAAGUUCCCAACAUGUUUCAACGAAGAUUGAAUAGUCACAUACCCUAGACGUCGGUGAAAUAGUCGCAUACCUUAGACUUCUUCAGACGACAACGGGCGGUUGGUUGCUUGUGACUGACGUCAGUUGGGAACUUCGACGAUGACGUCGUGUUUAGCGGAACACUCUGUCGUUGUGGUUAUUGAACUGUUCGUUUAGAUUCGGUCUUACAGUUGUAUCAUAAAUCCUCCUAGGGUGCUCUCCAAUUUCCUGUUGGAUAAUUACACGGCACUGCUGUUGACGCUUGUCGCAAUCGUUGCUCCUCAACUGUAGCCUAGUCACGAGCACCUGAAGCUGGCGACAUAUGAUUUGGGGGCCCUCUGAUGUUCGUGCUAUCUGUUCGAGUUUCAAGCUCUGAUUUGAGCUCUCUUUUUCCGAGUGGAGAGCGGCCGCACAUAUUAUUGAAUUCGAGUGGUUGCAAAAGGAUUCCCCUGUCAAGUGGUUGUGUUCUUCCUGGUUGCGGCAGAGGAACGUCGGAAUUUGGAGUAAUUUGAGCCCUAUUUCUUGGUGCAGCUACAUUUUAUCUGCGGUUGAGGCUUUCGUUGAUUUUCUGUGGAAAUAGCACGAGUUUUUCGAUUUAGGGUAGAAAUCCUAGGGUAAACAUCUGUCUGGCGAGGGCAAGUGGAGGGAUUUUUGUUUUCUUUGCUUAGGGUGAUGAGAAUGGGUCACGAGGGAGCAGAGUGUGAAGCGUUUCGUAGAAUAUGUCAUGCUCUGCAGCUCCUUUAGGCAGAUUACGCGGUGGGGUGGGAUUUGCACUGAACAGAGCAGGACUUGCGGCAUUGUUUAAUCAAGAGCGUUGUGGUUGUGAACUUAACAGGAGAAUGAACUUGUGAGCAACGAGCGGGGCUUUGAUGCACAGGAGAUACAUGUGUUCAGUAGGGAGGGAUACAACAAGGCUGUAAGCUCUUGUGUGGUAGUAAGAAGAUAGAAUGAGUGUCGAAAGUGCUGAAGGCGCGAAGGUGGCAUGGCCCAGCCUCAGUCAGAUAAAAACUGUGGCCCAGGCCUCGCAAGAUGGCUUAGCGAAGCUGCUGGCCGCCCGGUCUGCAUUAUGUCAAUCCUUGGAGAAGUCUCGUGCCAUCGGCAACCAAUUAGGUCAAUCGGACAAACGACUGCAGACUUCUCACGAGCGCCUGCCCUCUGUGAGGAAAGCAUUGGCGCCGCUGGAGGGGCAAUCUAAGAUCGUGGAGGGGCUAGCGCAGAGGAUAAACAAAACCUUAGAGCCUGCAAUGCAGGUUCUGAGUAUGUUCGAUGUUGUAAAAAAGAUUAGAGUGAGGCUAAUGCGGGAGCCUAGAGAUGAUUUCGACAGCUACAUGUCAGCUUUGGUGCAGCUGGAAGACGCUGUGGAUUAUUUAAAUGAGAAUUCGAGCGUCGCUAUCAAGUGGUUACAAGAAGCUGUCUCAUAUUUGAACGAAGCAGGUUCUACAGACACUGUGCGCUUGGACCGACUUAAUGAGUCACUGACAUUUUUGAAGUCUCAACAGGAAGGUGGGACACAUGAGAUCGACGGUGGGCUAUUACUUACCGCCUUUGGCAAGCUUGAGAAAGAAUUCAAGCGCCUCUUACACGAGCACAGGCAUCCUAUUAGUUUGCCGGAAAGGAUAGAUAAUGAGGUAGAGGAAUCUCCUUCUCGAAAUUCCGAGGUGGACUACUUAGACAGUUACACUCCUGAGGUGCUGGAGAGACUCCAAGCAAUCAUUUCAAAGCUAGUUGGCUAUCCUCAUUACCAAAGAUGCAUGUAUGCAUACCAAGAUGUACGAAGUUCACUCUGUGAAGAAAGCCUGCAAACUUUGGACGUGAGUUAUCUGAAUUACAGUACCACAGCAGCAGUGGAUACCGUCGCCUGGGAUGAUCUACAGGUUAUGAUACAUAAAUGGUGCGAACAUUUCAAGAUUAUUGUGAAAAUACUAUAUGCUGGUGAAAAGCGCCUCGCCCGUGAAGUGUUCAAAUUUGUGGGGCAUUCAGUCUGGGUGGAAUGUUUACGCAAUCUGGCUGAGAAUGAGAUGGACGCGUUUAUGCGAUUUGGAUUAAGCGUUGUACGGGGUGAACGCUAUCCUGAGAAGCUCAGCAAGCUGCUGGAAAUGUUUGAAUGCCUAGAGAUGUGUGAACCCAGUGUUAAUCAAGUAUUUGAUGGGGAAGUCUGUGUUGAAAUUCGAUCGCGUCAUCGAGAACUUAUGAAACAGGUCGUCGUUGCAUCUGACAAGACAUUUCGGAGCAUUCAGGGCUGGAUAAAGAUGCAAAGGGAAUUCGUGACAUUCGACGCCAGGGUCAUGCCGAUCUGCAGCUUUGUGGUUAAUUAUCUGAAAUUAAUAAUUGGUUCAUAUGUUGAUCCGCUGAGAAAGGUGCUCCGAAUCGCUCACAGUUGGGCGGACCCUCGUGCAUUGGUCAGUGGGAGCGAAGAUGAAGACGAGGGACUGUCUCAGGGCAUUGCUCAGAUUUUACGAACUCUUGAAGAAAUAGUUGAGGCUCGCGCCAGAGAAGUUCAAGACCCUGCUCUGCGCCACAUAUUUCUAAUGAACAAUAUGUACUAUAUUCGCACCCGUGUGAAGAACAGUGAAAUCGGACCGCUGUUGGGCGAAGACUUGAUGUCAGGGAUCGGCCGCAAGGUGUCACAAAAUGCAUUGAAGUACCAGCAAGAAUGCUGGCGACCGGUUCUUCAGCAUCUCAGCCGUGAAGGGCUUACGGGUUCUGGAUCAAGCAAGGGACACCGUGAUUUGGUGAGACAACGUUUGAAAGCAUUUAAUGCAGCCUUUGACGAGACCAUACAAAUUCAGUCAAAAUGGAUAAUUCCAGAUCAAAACUUGAGAGACGGAACCUUGGCAGCUGUCACACAGAUGGUGGUUCCUGCAUACCGAAGCUUUAUGUCACAGUUUGGGCCUUUACUUGAGAGUCGUCUCCGCGAUCCAGAUAAAUAUGUAAAGUAUUCUGCCGAAAUGUUGGAGACAAUUUUAGGUGCUUUGUUUUUAGGCAACGGUUAAUUUAAUUCAUCUUCGGAA